GGGGGAACCCUCAUCAAGUCAUCUCUCCCCAAACCUUUAUGCAUACAUGGCAUCGAGGAGGAUGCUGGUAGUACAGCACCACCGCUACAACAUGUAGUCUGGCAGCAUAGUCAAGACCCAUACGGUCAGGUACGGUAGUGCAACAGUAGACAUGGCCUGAUGAAAUUCUAGCCAGCCAGCCAGCCUGUUUGCUACGGUGUAAUCUAUUAGUGUGCUGGCUGCUGGGCGGAGAGGCAAAUAGCCCUCCUCUCUUGGAGUACAUGUAGUGGUACUGUAGCCAAUGUAUCCAGCCAGUCCAGAGCAACCCUACAUACUGCACCCACUCGUGACGCUAAUCUACCAGCAGCGUGGCGGCGGAGGAGAGGAGGGUAGCUGCCUGGCUGCCCCCAUUUCCGCUGAAAAACGUCAAAGGCUCACUUUCAUGCGUGAAGGGGUUGCAUGAGCUUCUCUUGCUCUGUUUAUCUCAUUCCCACCUUCCUGAAUAAAACUUUGCACAAGGUCUUGCGGAGGGCUCUAUUCAUCCGACCAGCCUUGACAUCAAGCUGUCCCAAACCGACGAAGACUCGUCGCUCUGACUUCGGCUCAACCGACACCUUUCUCCCAACUCCCACAUUGAGCAAGCAUUGCACCGAGCAGCGUUUCUGGUCGUUGCUGGGUUUGUCGUCUUUGACUUUGCCAGGUCCUUGAGUAUUCACAGGGUGUUGGACAUGAAACCGUGCACCUCUCGGGUAAAACUGCUAAGCUUAACGCUCAUAUGACUUUGAUAGUCUUACUAUUGUUCCUUUGUACUCAAAGGAUGCCUCAUAACUCACUGGUUACAAAAAGAAUAUCAAUUGGAGUCAUUUCUCUCUAGUAUCCACGGAUGAUCAACCAACAAAAUUUCCAAUGCUGGUAGCCAAAUCCCUCUAAGUUUCUACGUGUGUAGGAAUUGACGCAGUCCUUAGUAGCUACCAAGCGAUGCAGUGCGAAAGAACCUUAACUCUAAGCUUACUUGCUGGCCUCUGAGGUCAUUUCUCGCCAGAUCCCCUUGCAUUAUCUGGCAAAGAUACGCCCAACAGGUUACUGAACAUGGGCUUGGGGGGCAACCAUCCAGUCUGAGUAAGAAUGUGUGCUGUAUCGAUAGAAGCCCAGCAUCUUCAGAAAGCCCCUUCGACCUCUCUCUGGCUAGCUAGAUUUUCAAAAGAUCGGGGUCACUUUGUUGGAUCUGGUAAGGAUACCCCAGAGACUUUUGUAAUAACCAGUAUCGAUGGUGUGAGUACAUAGUAUCUAUAAAAAAUUGUCCAUAACCAAGCGAAAGAUGAGCCAAGUAUCCCAUCCAAUCUCUGGGCGUCAUCAGCACAAGGACCGACCUCCCCAAACGGGUCAAGGGCCUCAUCGUCGACAUUACGUUGGGUCUCCCAAAAAGAAACACUCGGCCCCACCAGAAGCAUCAGCUGCUACCGCGACUCUCGAAGAGGGUUCUGUCGACCGAUACAACAGUCGUAGGGUAUCAGUGUCGAUCGGUGGCGGUUGUGGAGGGCCCAGUGGCCGCCGCAGUAUGGCCGAAAGGGGCAACAGCUUCUCCUUACCAUUCGACCACGGGGACGUUUUUGCCAGAUCCCCCUCGUCGAGUCUCUCGGAAUAUGAGUUGGUGGGUUCUUCUCGACGUCAUGAACCUUUGGACCCAACGGCUGCUGCUCUCGAUGCCGCCAUUCUGGACCUAACUCGGCGUAGGCUAGCAAUGUCGGCUCCAUCGGGCAGGCAGGAGCCACCAGGUGCUGUCACUGUGGCCCGAGAAACCACCUGGGACAGGGGUGUACCCUACACCACAAGUGCUAACCUUGCUGCUCGACAGAAACACUUACAGCAGCAGCAAAAGGAACUCGAACACAAGCAGAGGGAGUUGGAAAUCCAGCGUCAACAGCUUCUGGCUGGAAUGCAGGAGCAUGCAAAGUCGACCAGUAUCUUUAAUGCUCAUCAGAGUGCUGCCUCCAUGAGUUCCAGCCAGCAGCAGUGGUGGGUCUGCCAGGUUUGUCAUACCAAGGCGUUCGCUUCGCAUGACGAGGCAAUGCAGCAUGAGCUCACUUGCUGCCCUGAGCAUCACAGCUUUGAUUCCAUCGAAGUUGUGCCGAUCCCAUCCGAUUCUAGUUUGGCGUUGCCUCCAUUGGCGGCCGGGUAUCCUGUGAGUCCUAGUUUGGAGUCUUCCAGCUUGGAAAGUCCGCCAGCGGGUCCCUUUACCUUGCUGAAGGAACCAAUUCCGUUGGCCAUGUCAUCCGACAAAGAUUGGUUGACACCUCUUCAUUGCUUUGUGAGGCGCCAGUGUGUUGAGGUCUUCACGGCUUCGCAAAGUGAUGUGUCAACGCCUUCCAAGGGGAAGAGGAAGCCCAUUCAGGUUGGACAGGUUGGUAUUCGCUGCCCUCACUGUCAUUCGGGAGAAGCCAAGAACAAGCCACGCGAGCGUGGGUCUGUGUAUUAUCCUACCACCAUUGCUUCGAUCUACAACGCUACAAUGAAUCUCUUGCAGCGACACUUGCAUAGUUGCUCCUGUGUCCCUGCAAGCGUUAUGAGUCGCUACGAAACGCUAAAGAGCGACGAUGCUCGUAGUGGGACAUCCAAACGUUACUGGAUCGAGAGCUCCUUGAGUCUGGGCCUCGUUGAUACUCCCAGUGGAAUCCGUUUCUCGGCGCUUCCCCCGCCACCACUACCAGGCUUAAGCACCCAGCAGCAUUCCACUGGCUCUUACAGCGUCGAGCGACGCAACUCCAAUGACUUCUUUUCGUCCAACAGCAACGCCGUGGCUGACUUGAAGGGUGACGCGGACGCCCUUCCGUUAGACCCACCUGAAGAUGACGAGGACGACACCGGCGAUGGAAGUAUCUCAGGAACCGAGCAGACUCUGACCGAAUCUGCACCCUUAGUGAUGCCUGAUGAUGAACCUUAUUCCACCAAGUUUUCCUUCCACUUGAUCAGUCAGAUGCAACCUUGUGUUUUCACAGAAGCGGAUCGUCUUGGAAAACGCAAAGGAUUGCCUCCUGGCUUUCCUGGUUUGGCCUGCCGUCAUUGCUUUGGCGGUUACGGAUCUGGUCGCUUCUUCCCGUCCAGUAUCAAGACGUUGUCGGACACGUCCAAGACAUUGAAUGUUCUUCACAACCACAUGAUGCGAUGCCGCAAGUGUCCCCAGGAAGUACGAGACACUUUGGAAAGGCUUCGCAAAACUCAUGACGAUGAGCGCAGCAACAUGAAGUUUGGAAGCCAAAAGGCAUUCUUUGCCAAAGUGUGGGCUCGUCUUCACAAGAGCGGAUCUCCCGAGUUGGGCAAGCGCAAGUCUGCCGCCGCUCCUCCUCCCCCUCCGCCUCCCGGUGAUUAUUCCCCUUAUGCCAUGGCUCAACCUCCGAUGGCGACCCAAUCCUACUUGGAUCCUCGUUACUUUGGACCUCCCAUCACGCCGCCAGCUGCUGGUCAUUAUGGGUACUCGCCCCACCAUGAUUCUUUCUCGAUGCUCGACGUCUUGGGAUCUCCUCUUGAGGCGCCCGACACCAAGCGCCGUCGGUCAACUUAAGCUCAGCCGGAAUGCCUCCUCUUUGUGUACUAACAGUCAGAAUGCAUACGUUAGUGUUGCACAAGCUACGAAGCUGGUGACUGGAAGCGACGACUACAUACUUUAUUAGGGGUAAUGGAUAAGCGACAAUACAUGUUUUAGUCUCCCAUCAGACUACUAAUUGGCUGGAAGGAGGCGACCUUUUCGUUGCGACAUUUUCUGUCUUAGAUAUAGCUGAAUGCUCCGAUAAAAGCCGCAACUAAAGCUAGCUUAAAUGGCAGGAAAGUUCGUGGCUCGUGGAUGAUCGCAGGAAGGCGCAUACUAGUAGCUUCA